GUACCUCUGAGAGCUGUAGGACUGUCACUCAGGGCAAUGGAUCCUUGGGGACUCACCACAACUGCCCUCGUGGCUUGUGUUCUUUUGCUGAUCUUUUUUUCUCUAUGGAGUCAAGGAUUCAAAAAGGGGAAACUCCCACCAGGUCCCACUCCUCUUCCUUUUAUUGGCAACAUCCUGCAAUUAGAUUUCAAGAACAUCACCACAUCAUUCUCACAGCUUGCUGAAAAAUAUGGCCCUAUCUAUACCCUUUAUUUUGGAACUCGUCGUAUUGUAGUGCUACAUGGAUAUAACAUUAUGAAGAAAGCUCUAAUUGAUCAAGGAGAUGCAUUUGCAGACAGAGGAAUUAUUCCAAUAUUUGACGAUGUAAUGAAAGGACAAGGAAUUGUUUUCAGUUGUGGAGAGAAGUGGAAACAUAUCCGAAGAUUUACCUUCAUGACCCUAAGGGACUUUGGGAUGGGGAAGAGAAGCAUUGAAGAGAGAAUUCAAGAAGAAGCCCAAUGCCUGGUGGAGGAGCUCAGGAAAACAAAGGGUCAGCCCACUGAUCCCACCUUCAUCCUUGGCUGUGCCCCAUGCAAUGUGAUCUGCUCUAUCCUCUUCUGUGAUCGAUUCAAGUACAAUGACGAGAAAUUUCUAAAUCUGAUGACCUUGUUAAAUGAAAACUUUCAGCUGCUUAGCUCACCAUGGAUACAGCUCUACAACUUUUUACCAGCAUUCAGAGUGUACCUCCCUGGAAAGCAUAAAAAUAUGUUUAGAAAUGUGAAGAAAAUGAAAGAUUUCAUUUUGGAAAGAGUGAAGGAGCAUCAAAAAAUAAUGGAUCCUAACAACCCUCAAGACUACAUUGACUGCUACGUCUCCAAAAUGCAGCAGGUACGAUGCAUGGGGGAAGCACCUUACUCAUUGAUCAAGACUGAUAUUCUAAGGAUUCUUACGGGCCACUCUCUUCCAAGCAUAGGAAGGGACAUCAGGGAGUCUCAAGGUAUCCACAUCCCCUAA